UACGUUUUUCCCGACUAGCGUCAUGUCGUCAUGUUGGUUUAAUUGUAAUAUUUAUUAUUUUAAAAACAUUCAUCUCGUUUGAAUUUAAAUUUAUCUAUAUAAGAUUUAUGCCAAUAAAUAAUUAAUCAUGGUUAAACUUACUACAGAAUUAAUCAUGAACUCGUAUCAGUUCAUAAAUCCUGUGAAGGAUAGAGAACUGGAUUUAAGAGGUUAUAAAAUACCUCUUAUUGAAAACAUGGGAGCAACUCUAGAUCAGUUUGAUACUAUUGACUUUUCUGACAAUGAUAUCAGGAAAGUCGAUGGCUUUGCAUAUCUCAAACGAUUGAAAAAUCUUGUAUUUAAUAAUAAUUCCAUUGUUCGUAUAGCUGAUAAUUUAGAUCAAUGUUUGCCUAAUCUUGAAUCUUUAAUCUUAACUGGUAAUCAGAUACAAGAACUUGGAGACUUGGAUCCUCUUGCUUCACUUCCUAAGUUGAAAAUGUUAAGUCUUUUGCAUAACCCAGUUACAUCAAAAGAUCAUUAUAGACUAUAUGUAGCACAUAAAAUUCCUCAAGUUCGAAUUUUAGAUUUUAGAAAAGUUAAAUUGAAGGAGUAUGAAGCAGCUAAAGCAUUAUUUAAAGGAAAAGAAGGAAAAGAACUGAAAAAAAAAUUAGUAAAAAAAUCUAAUUUAUUUGUUCCCGGAGAAGGAUUGGAAAGCAGAAAAGCAAAUGGUCAUAGUCAAGAAGAUAUAUGGAGAAUUAGAAAGGCAAUUUCUGAAGCAUCAUCAUUUGAAGAAGUUGAACAUUUAACUAAGUUGCUACAAGCUGGACAAAUCCCUAACAAAGUCUAUAAGAAAAAGUCUGGUGCACAAAAUGCAGAAGAAAAUAUUGAAGAAUUUGAUGAUGAUGAAGAAGAAGUAAAUACGAAUGAAGCACCAAUACCCAUGGAACAGUAAUGGUCCUUUCCUGAUUAACCAUUUAUUAUACUGAAUGCUAUAUUGUUCAGUUAUUAUAAUUUGAAAAUAAUAUGUUUAAAAUAAAAUCAGUUUAUUAAAUGAUAAGAACAGAUACAUAUA